UUCAGUGACACCAUUUAGAUGCUAAAAUGACCAUCCGUAUUUGAUAAACAGCAGUAUGUGCAACUACCAGGCAAAUAACAAUAACUUGAUUUGCAUUUAGCAGGUAUGGCUAAAGCUCAGUGUCGUAUAAGCUGUCAAAAAACCUUUAGUGAGCCAUGGCUGAACGCUUGCUAUAACGAAACAUUGCUACCUGGAAGUCCAUGGCACAAGGUCUUACACAAAAUAGGAGCAGUGUUAGCGGAAAAAGUGAAGCCCGUACUUAAAGAACCUAAGAAAAAAGAAAUUAUAUUCAAGCUUCUAGGAAAAGACUUUGUUCAAACAUAUUUCAGCACAUAUACUCAUUUUCCCUCAUUGCUGUGUCCUCCAAACACUACCGAUGCAGAAUAUGAGACCCUGGAAAAACAAACCCAAAUCUGGCUUUUGGACCAAUGCACAAAGGCAGCAGAACAAGUAGGAUGCUAUCCUUUAGAUGGUGACUUAAGUGAACUCUCGGUGGAAAUGGCAGGUUUUGUAAACCAUACAUACAGCAUUGUUGAAAAAGGGUUAGAGUUACUUCUUGCCAAACAUGAAGAAAAACAAAAGGCAUGUGCUCCAGGUGUUGACCAGUCUAUGCUAAGGUCAUUUUCAAAGCAACACAGAAAAUCAGUCGACAGUAACAACCUUCAUUUUGCAUUAGGGAGUGCGGUUACAUUUGAAUUUAAAAAUGUAAAUGUGGGACCUGAGCUGAGACCUACAGUGUUCAAUUGUGCUGGAAGUGAAGUGCUUAGUGAUGCCAUCUCUGCUAUGAUAUUGAGUGACUCAAGCAAUAUGAUGACAGUUUGUGAAAAGCUAAGUGGAAGGUUACUUCCAAAGACACUAAGGAAAUUCAUAUGGAUGGAGAAACUACUGAAAUCUGAUUACAAUGAAGAAAACACACAAAUCAUUGAGAAAGUGACUCGAGAGAAAUACGGUAAAGCACUGGAGCACAAACUAGCUGAGUUAAAACUUAGAAGUGCAACACGUUCACCUAUAUCAGGUCUGAUUGAAAAUGCUGUUGUGGAGAAAUAUGGAAGCACUCCCUGCAUGCAGAAUUUCGCAGGAGAUGAGAAAAUGAUCUUGGAGUCAAGCAAGACAUUGAACGUUCUCUAUGUAUAUGAUGGCACAUAUGAACCUUACCUCAUACACUGGCUUUUUCCUAUACAAUUAGCUUUUAAGCAAACAUUGCCAACAGCUGAACAUCCCUAUGAAUUAUUUAUGUAUUUACAUCUCUUGAUGAAAAACAGAUUCCCUUCAUGGUUGGAAAUUUUUGCAAUGGCUGAACAUGUCAUGAACACUCUGAAAACUGAGGACAUUGAACUGUAUACUCAUCUUCAAUGCUGUCUCCAAAGGAAUAUAGCUUUCGACCCAAAAGAUUUUUUGGUGGAACUUAUUGCUCAAGAAAGAGAGGAUGCUCUUAAUCUAUAUGCAGGUGGCAACAAAUUUGACAACCCUGCUUUCCAGAAGGAACUGCUUGCAAACCCAGUUAUCUUCCUAAGGAAGUGGAUGGGCGAGGGUUUUGUAAACUCAUUGGAUUUACCUGCAGUACUGCUUAUUUGGGACCAGCUGUUCAUGCAGGAUUGGAAUCUCAAAGUGAUGGAGAGUUUCUGCAUGGCAGUGCUUAUGCUACUGAAAGAUUCAAUUAUGUCUGCAGAGGAUUAUCCAGCUAUUAGACAGAUUUUGCUGCAUGAUGGAUGUCACCUGUUUACAUCUGAUAUACAGAGAGCCUGGAUUCACCUACAACAAGGAGGACUGCUUGCAGAUAUACCUGAAAUGAAUCGCUUCAAGAAAAAGCAAUUCCAUGAACAGUCUCUAAGGCUCCAAGCUGGAAGGGAUUCUGGAAUUUUCAGAAAGAUCUGUUCAGUGGGUGUGAAGGAUAUUGUGAUGAAGUUAAUUUUACAACAAAAAGCGGAGGCAACUCAGGCUUGUUUGCAAGAAUUUGACCCGACAUCUGUGAGGCUUAAGCUUUCUCUCUUUUAUGGAGAUAUGAUGCUAAGUUCUAAGACCAACUCUAUGGAACCUAGUCUGUGUGAAGAAGUCAAGCUAAACAAAGGGGGCGAUAAUGAGGUUACUGCCUUUACAGUUCAGUUUAAGGAUAUAUAUGAAUUUAAUUCAGUUGAUCCAUCAAACUACUUGAAUGGCACAGACUUUAACACACAGCCCUUUAUUGUAUUGCAAGCAGUUUACACCAAUGGAGAAAGAGAUUUACUAACCCUUGGGUGGACUCAAGUGGAAGCAUUUGAGGAGCAAACAAUAAACAUGCAAAACGUAUGGAAACCGCAGCACACAUCCUUGAGUUUAUCAUUACAUCCUGGGAGGGAUCCAGACAACGUUACUGAGAAAAUACCAGGCUGCCAUAUGUCAAGUAUUCAGCUAACAGUAUAUGACCCAACAAAAGAAACUCAAACAACAACCGGUGUAUUGAACAGAGUAAAGCAGAAUGAAAGAAAUGCAGAACCAAUGUUUUUGUCUAUGCCUUCCUGGGUGCAGCACAACAAAUCCACUAUGUUGCCAUCUCCUACAAGCUUACAGCAGGCUUUUGAUUUGUACGUAGAUGGCUUACAUUAUAUCCCUGACAAUGCAACUAUAACAAAGGUUUCUGGGCGAAUUGUGAAUUCUGGAAGAAAAGAUGUCCCUCAAUUCGUGGCUUUUCCAGAACCCACCAGUUCAGCAAGAAAUCCAGAGUUCAAUUUCCAUUGUACACUAAAUCCUGAGAAUAAAAUGCUCAAUGCUGCCACCUCAAUACUUUUUCAAGUAUCAACAAUGGAUUCCAGUUCUAGAAAUGUAGCUUUAAUUGGAAACUGUAUUUUCCGUGCAUUUAAUGAAGAGGGAAAGCUUAACGUUGGUGGCUUUCAACUUAAAUUGAGAACUGGCUUGCCAUCCAAGCAACAGGAUUCACUUGUAGCUUCGGAUUUGCAUCAAUACCCAGCUUUUCCUUGCUGCUCCCUUUUAAUUCGACUUCUGCCAAAUUCAGAGCGCCACAAGCCUGUGCCAAAAUAUUCAUUGGGAUACUACUUCACAGAUGAAGCUAAACCAACAAGGUUUGAAUGGGAGAUAAUGAGCACAUUUCAAAAGGAUGCCAACUUUCCAAAACUUGUAAAAGACAUGGCAGGAUGCAUAAUGGAAAAAGAGCAGAGCCAAGCACAAGAGAAUCAAUUGCAAGACUUGCUUGAGAAAAGAUUUGGUGGACAAAAAUCAUCUUUGCUUCAGCCAUCCUUGAAUUACAUCAGUGUACACCAUGCAGUACAGUAUAGACAGGAGAUUGGAAUACGCUUACGGAUCAGACAAGCAUUUGGACUUGCAGUUGAAGGCCUUUACACAAAUGCCUUUGCUAGGAUCAUGAAGGGAGCACAAAGUAUUCAUCUGCCAGAGUUACCUCAGCGAUGGGGAGGAGAGGAAAAGGUUUUGACGCAAAAACAUGACUUUGCAAGUUUACAAAAAUCUCCAAGGUGGACAGAUAAUUCAGUGUUGCUGCAUCCUUACCUUGAUCAACAAAGUGUACUUCUUGUUCAAAUUUUUGGCAUGAAUGCAACUUACAUCCCCAAUCAAAACACCAACCAGCGGGGACAUGUGCUAUCGCGUAAUGGGCAGGAUCUUCAACUUGAACCAGUACUAGGAUGGACAGUUGUUCCUCUGUUUGACAGAAAUUAUGUAAACAGUGGAAUCCACAGUGCCCCACUCUUUCAAGGUCUUCCAAAUGCUGAUUUUUUACAGUCCUUAUCUUCUCAUCCACUGAAAGUAGCAAUACAGGAAGGUUUAAAGAAAAAGACUGUAGCUCUUCUUAAGAGCUAUGGAAGUGUUACAGUGGAAAUGUGGGAUGGCCAUUACCUAGAUGAUGAGCAUUAUCCUCUACCAGUUGUAAAUGACCUUCUCACAGUGGAUAACAUUAAGAAAUUCCUGACCACCCAAAAUAGCAAAAAAGGGAAAGAAAUGUCUAUGUUAGUUCUUCAAAGUCUGGAUAAAAAGCAACAGAAACUGCAAACGGAUAGCCCGGAAUACCAGCGUCAUCAACAUUUUUUUGAAGAAGCAAUGGCAGGGAAAUUUUACGAUCUUAUUGAGAUGGCCCUGCUGAAUGCUGGAUAUGGUCCUCUAUAAGCCAUCUGUUCAUGUUCUGCAGUAUGUGGAAGAUAAAGGAGUCUAAGACAUAUACGUAUAUAUAUGCUUUGUGAUACUUAACCCCUGAGUCACCUGAAAAUACUGAGGAUACCAAAUUAUAUAAUUUUCUUUGAACAUAAUAUACAGAAGAAUACUAUACCUGGCUUAAAUGACUAGUAAAGUGAUAGGACUCUACUGUACAUAGAAUAGUGGGAACUAGAUGAUUCAUCUACAUAUUCUUGGAUUUUACCUUGUGUAACUACCUUGUCAACUGACCUUUUGAUCGCAAACCCUAUAUAGCAGCCAUUUUAAUUAAAAAAUAAAA